CAAACUUGGCGGAAUAAUUGAUAAUCAUAUGAGGCUAAAACCCAUAAAUGCAAAUGUCCACACUAGUACUUGUGAGACUGAUAAGACAAUAAGCACGCAGACAGUUGCCAUAGCUGAUUCAAUUUUAUAUUGUUAUCAAAUAUCAAGAGUAAUGUGUUUGUUUAGAAAAUGACUUGUAAUUUUAAAUUGUAGAUUGAGUGUUUAAAUCAUUAGUUACAUGAACGGUCGCUGAUUUCUGUUACUCGACUAUGAGACUUGCUUCACAUUGAACAUCUCACAUUUUAACAUAAUAAAAAUGAAUUCAAAGGCAGCACUUGCUAUUUUUACAGUACUAUUAGGUUGUGGCUUAAAUAAUGUUUUCCUAGAGUAUAUUAUUAAAUUAGACCCUGGCAGUGGUCAUUUAAUAACAUUCUUACAGUUUCUAUUUAUUGCAAUACAUGGCUUUAUUUUUACCUCGAAAUUUGGUACAGUGAAACCAAAGAUAGCUCUUAAGGAUUAUAUGAUUUUGGUAACAUUAUUCUUUGUUACUAGUGUUGUUAAUAAUUGGGCAUUUAAUUUCAAUAUCCCUGUCCCAUUACACAUGAUCUUCAGAGCGGGAUCCUUAAUAGCAAAUUUGAUAAUGGGUAAAAUUAUACUAAAAAAACAAUACACUUUGGGCAAAUAUGUAUCAGUAUUAAUGAUUACAAUAGGAAUAAUAAUUUGUACAUAUUAUUCAAGUCAAGGAAGUUCUAAGACAUGUACUGACUGUGAUAUGGUUGUGAAUAAUACAGAGGCACCUGAAGAAGACCCCCACUAUUUCUUCUGGUGGAUCAUAGGCAUUUCUCUGUUGACUGGAGCUUUGCUUUUGUCCGCUCGAAUGGGCAUUUAUCAAGAAUCCUUGUACGCUAGACGUGGAAAACACCCCAAUGAAGCUCUGUAUUACACGCAUUUGUAUUCUUUGCCUGGAUUCCUGCUCUAUUCAUCCAGCAUUUGGGAACACAUACAAAUAGCCAACAACAGUGAAGCUUAUGAGAUUCCAAUAGCACAUUUUGCCAUUCCCAUUAUUUGGGCUUAUUUAAUUUUAAAUGUUGUGACUCAGUACUUAUGUAUUAGUAGUGUUUAUGUAUUGACAACAGAGUGCUCAUCUCUGACAGUGACUUUAGUUAUAACUUUGAGGAAAUUCCUGUCUCUAAUAUUUUCCAUAGUCUACUUCCAAAAUCCAUUUACCAUUGCACAUUGGUUUGGAACAGUUUUAGUAUUUGUUGGUACGUUGCUUUUCGCUGAAGUGCCGACCAGGGUUAUGCAAACUAUGGCUUCAAUUGAUAAGAAUAAAAAGAAAAAUUGAUUUUAAGAGUUAGACAAAUAAGAUCCAUUAAUAUGGCAAUACUUGUUGUACUUUUUAUUGUUAUUAAUUAUAUUUACAUGACAGUUUCAAAAUGUUAAUAAUAGACGUACUAGUCUAGCUGACUUUGUCUUUACUGUUUCCUUUCUAGUCUGCUAAUAUUUUCAAAUCACAUAGAAUACCUAACUUUAUGAAUAUUUAUUUUAAAUAAACAUUUUUAAAUUUC